CAGCGAUAGCAAUGCUACUUUUCACCGAGUAAUAUAGCUGAGAAGCGAUUGUGGAUCUCGCGUUCGAGUUCAUAGUAAGACCCUCAGCCCGAUUCUUGCACUUGCCAGAAGAAAAAAAAAUGUCUCCCGCACCCUCCCGAAAAAUCUUUGACUUUAAAAGAUGAAGAUUUCUUGUUAGAAUACUCUUCGUUCCCACAUAGUGAUAGUGCACUGAUUCCAGAGACCUCAAAGAUGCGCAAGGUUAAACGGAAAUGGAUAGUGGUCUUGGUGCUUUGCUGAGGUGAUAUUGCAUCCUUUUCCGCAGUGCCGGGGUUGCAAUUCCGAAGAAGGGCGUCUAUCAUUACAGGUGCAGAUGACAGCUACCACGAUGUGGGCGCAGCCGUCGAAGCUAAGGGUGCCAGAAGUGUGGUCACGUUUCCGAUCGUCAACAUGGUCGACACUUUUCGUGCUAUUUUGGAGCAUACUGCACCGCAAUGUUCAUGGGGCUGGCACAGAGAUCGAGCUCUCGGAGUACCUGGUCGUGUCGCAGCCUCGUGAUCGUUCCAUUUCGUACCUGCACCUGAGCAAAGCGGCCGCCGGUGUUGGGACUGAAGACGGAACGUCGAAUUAUGAGCUGAAGCCGCUAGUUCGAACUGGACUCGUCACUCCAACCAGCGUCGCAAUCGAUCCUAGCAGCAAGCGCCUUUUCGUCGUGGACCAAGGAAAAGCACAGGUUUUAUACUACAUCCUCUCUGAGCUGGACGAAGGUACGUUGAUCACCGAUGGACAUCAGCACGUCUGCGUAGAUCAAAUCGAAGUGGACGGCAUGACGGUUUCCCCCGAGGGUGAUCUUUUUCUUUCGGCAAAGUUGCUCUUGCCCGCCACAGAACCAGCGAUGCAGCACUUCUCGAUUUUCAAGCAUCCCCGGGCAAAGAUCGAUGCCGGCGCGAAGUUUGAUCCUGUUCUACUGUGGGAUCGCGCUUUCUCGGCGAAUUUGGCCUGGCAACCGGGUCCGCUAGCGAUCGACUCCAGGGACCUCUAUUGGGGCGACCGUGUGGUGGAGCCGGCGUCUCUAGCCGCCGUAGUGCGCGCUCCACGGGCACCUGCACACCUCGCGCCGCCUGCGCCGACAGAAGUCGACGAGUCAAACCUGCCGUCUGGUCCCACGUCGGGGAAUGAUGCAACGUAUGGCUUCUUUGCCGAUCCAGGGGAGAAGGUCACCGCAAAAGACUUUCUUUCAGCUACAGGCCAGUCGUUGGGUCCCGACGCUCCAGCGCCAAAGUAUAAAUCGCCUACAUAAAAAGUGAAGGUCUCAGUCACAGUCUGAAAAUAGAAUAUAUAAUACUAAUUACGUAGAUUUGACCUCGACAAUAUUAGGUGGAUUAUGCCGUGCAACUAUAUUUAUAAUACUAAUUACGUAGAAGCCUAUACUCCAUAGUUCAUCUGUGACCAUCCACUGGAUCAUCCUUGCAGUUGUAAAGCUGCAUCUGAUUCUGCAAACAUAAAACCCAUAAAAGGUCCGCUCCCGUUGUAAGUGCCGUUGAGCUUAGUUCGACAGUCCACACGACGCCACUGCCGCUUGUUGGUGUCUCGGAGGCCAUGUUUCAAGUAGCAAAUGGUACAUCAGGUGUUCGCGCGGUCUGUGUUUCGUCGAAGUCAGUCUUUUAUUCUAUGGGAUCCAAGGUCUACGCAGCAUCGAAAGCACGACAGCUUCCAAACUGCGUCCUCACCUCGGACUGCACGCCAAUUACCUCGGAAGCAGUCGAGCCAGCAGGCCUCGUGUGGGAUGGAGACGGGUACUCAUUGACAUUUUUCGGUCAUUUUUGAGGUUACUUUGACCUGUUUUUCUCAUCAUCGUAGAGGGCUCCUGUAACUCGUAAGUACAAGGAUUAAGUAGGUAAUGGUAAAGCUAUUGGGACAUGAUAAUGAUUCAGCGUCACUAUCAGUCAAGCUUGUCUAAUGUCUAAUGAUCAUUCAGGUCCGUCUAUGUCGCCGACCCGCAGAAAACAACGGACGACGGAACUGGUGGUGUCUUUCGUAUCCCCGCAGGCAGCGAAGUACCGCACGCGAUGGAGUUGAUUCACUACGUUCCAAACAUUCAAGGACUGACGUAUAUGAAAUUCGAGAUAGAAAAGAAGGGAGCUGUCGCUACUUUUCUCGAAAGUUUCUGGGGUGCGUGAAGAAGAGUAUGUUAGCUUGUUUUUAUUUCCGACUUGUCAGAGAUAUCUAUGUCCAUGACGCGAAUUUCUUGUUUUUUCCAAGACCAACUUCUCGCUCUGCGAAGCAUCAAUGCAUGAGGACCUUCGUGGAUUAGUACGCGUACGAGCGAGUUUUCAUUCAGUAGACGGGUGUUGUUGUUGAGGAUUGUUCUGGGCUCCCAGAUGCAAUCGGCUAAAUGGUCC